AUGUCUGGCUAUGAGAAGCUUUCACGCCUUAUCGGUGUUUAUCCUGAGCUUGCGAUUUAUCGCAAGUUUAGUACUCUCUGCGCGAAGAUGCUUUUGUAUAAACAGGCCGAGCUUCAACAUCUGGAGAAUGAGCUCGAUAUCAUCUCACAGAUUGACAGCUGUAAUUCCGAGAAGUCCGUCUUUGCUGUGUCAUGGAGAGCAAUUGACAAAGGUCUUAUGGAAGGUGGUGAUAAUCUUCAAAAGCAGAAAAUAUCAGAAAUCAACGAGAAGAUAAAUGAAUACUACUCUGCUCUUCUCAAAGCCCGUCAAGUCCAUACUCUCGCCAAACCAGGAGAUAGCGAUAUAAAUUUUCUCAGAGAAUGGCUUGAACGUCCUGAUGGUGGCGACUACUCUAUCAAAGGUGUUGAGGCAGAGCCAUGGAAACUCUGUCGUGCAGCCGACCUGGUCACUCUUUCACAGUCCGACGGAAGAGAUGUAUUUGCACAGUCUUUGAGCGACAACAUCUUGCCGUGGUAUCAUCGAUACUUUGGUCAUCGUCAGAAAGGGGCCACAAAAUCGAAUGACGGCCUUGAUAACAUCUGGGAGUACCAAGUUUGCUCUUUGAACCAUCCGGUCUUGCCGCAAGGACCUCCGACGGAUUCUGCUACCUAG